GUUUGGUGUUGAUGGAGAUGAAGUGAAGUCAGUGAUGGAGGGAGAUUCUGUUACUCUACACACUGAUACUGAAAUACAGAGAGAUGAUCAGAUACUGUGGAUGUUUGGACCUCAGGGGACUCGUAUAGCUCAAAUCUAUAAACUGUACAAUGUCUGUGAUCCAUGUGAGAGCUUUAAAGACGGACUGAAGCUGGACAGUCAGACUGGAUCUCUCACCAUCACAAACAUCACAAUCACACACACUGGACUUUAUCAACUAGAGAUCAUCAACAGCAAAGGAACUUCAUACAAGAGAUUUAAUGUUACUGUCUAUGCUCGUCUGCCCAUUCCUGACAUCACCUGUACCAAUAGCCCCUUCUCAUUAUCAUCAAGCUCAAAAUGUGUGUUAUUGUGUUCAGUGUUAAAUGUGAGAGAUGUGAGUCUGUCCUGGUACAAAGGAAACAGUUUAUUGUCCAGCAUCAGUGUGUCUGAUCUCAACAUCAGACUCUCUCUACCUCUGGAGGUUGAAUAUCAGGAUACAAACACAUACAGCUGUGUGGUGAACAAUCCCAUCACAAACCAAACUCAACAUCUCAACAUCAAUGAUGUCUGUCAGAUGUGUUCAGGUGAGUCAGCAGUAAUGUUGUAAAAGCAUACAUCAUAUAAAACCUUGUAUAUUGGUGUAAAAAUAUAUAUGAAUACAGCACAGAUUUGUAUACAUGAUGUUGUGCUUUUAUUUGUUUGCUGCCAGGUUUGGAAGUAUCCUUAAAAAUGAUUUUGAUUAACACUAGUAGGGAUUGGUUUCU